CCGAGUCCCCGGCCGGGGUCCGCACCGCCGCCACCGACGCGCCCGAGCGCGUGCCCGAGGCCGUGUGCAGCCAGAAGCGCGGCGUGAAGGUGCUGAAGCAGGAGCUGGGCGGGCUGGGCAUCAGCAUCAAGGGGGGCAAGGAGAACAAGAUGCCCAUCCUCAUCAGCAAGAUCUUCAAGGGGCUGGCGGCCGACCAGACCCAGGCGCUGUACGUGGGCGACGCCAUCCUGUCGGUGAACGGCGCCGACCUGCGGGACGCCACGCACGACGAGGCGGUGCAGGCGCUGAAGCGCGCGGGCAAGGAGGUGCUGCUGGAAGUGAAGUACAUGCGAGAAGCCACGCCCUACGUGAAGAAAGGAUCCCCGGUGUCGGAGAUCGGGUGGGAGACACCUCCCCCGGAGUCCCCUCGGCUCGGGGGUGGCUCCUCGGACCCUCCGGCCUCGCAGUCCUUCUCCUUCCACAGAGACCAGAAGAGCAUCCCGCUGAAAAUGUGCUACGUCACUCGGAGUUUGGCCCUGGCCGACCCCGAGAACAGGCAGUUCGAAAUCCACUCGCCCGACACUAAGCACACGGUGAUCCUCAGGAGCAAGGACUCAGCCACCGCCCAGGCCUGGUUCAGCGCCAUCCAUGCCAACGUGAGCGAGCUGCUGCCCCGGGUGAUCAGCGAGGUUCGAGAGCAGCUGGGGAAAGCAGGCCUCGCGGGAGGGCGCGAGAUCCGGCACCUCGGCUGGCUCGCUGAAAAGGUGCCCGGGGACAGCGGGAAGCAGUGGAAGCCGGCGCUGGUUGUCCUGACGGAGAAAGACCUGUUACUCUACGACAGCAUGCCGCGGCGGAAGGAGGCCUGGCUCAGCCCCGCGCACUCCUACCCGCUCCUUGCCACCAGGCUAGUCCAUUCAGGUCCGGGGAAGGGCUCACCCCAAGCUGGUAUGGAUCUGUCCUUUGCAACACGAACUGGUACCAAGCAAGGAAUUGAAACACAUCUUUUCCGGGCAGAAGUCAGCAGGGAUCUCUCCCAGUGGACAAGGAGCAUAGUACAGGGAUGCCACAAUGCGGCUGAGCUCAUUGCUGAAGUCACCACUGCUUGCACUUACAAAAACCAGGAGUGUCACCUGACCGUGCAUUAUGAGAAUGGAUUUACUAUUACCACUGAACCACAGGAGGGUGCUUUUCCCAAGACAAUCAUACAGUCCCCUUAUGAGAAGCUCAAAAUGUCUUCAGAUGAUGGGAUCCGGAUGCUGUAUUUAGAUUUUGGAGGAAAAGAAGGAGAGAUUCAACUGGACCUUCAUUCCUGCCCCAAGCCAAUUGUUUUCAUCAUUCAUUCCUUCCUGUCGGCUAAGAUUACAAGACUUGGCUUGGUGGCUUGAACAGAGGGGCAACUCACCUUAGAACGGAAGCCUGUGAUGCCACCGAAGACUGACAUCGGAUACCACCUGUCGGGAGCCGUGCACCACAUGUAGCAUGUGAGGGCGAGCUUCAGGUCGCAGGAGUCAGGUGUGAUGCCCCCGGCUCCUCCAUCUGCAACCACGAGGGGUACAAGGGGCAUCCUAAAAAACACCAUGCGAUACAUCAGAGUAACACUUCUUAGAACAGAAAAGGUUGAAAAGGUGAAGGUGAUUGGGUGUACAUAACAUAGCUUCUAAAUAACGACAAUCAAGGACAAGGCCGUUGGAACAGCAGGUGCAGAUCUUAAUCAUACCAGUUUCUAGGCAACCGCUUUGCCCAGGUAAGCAAGGGCUGAAUAGAUGGGAAAUGGAUAUUUUCACCUAUUUCCCCCACCCAAGUAACAAGGAUCAACUGUCUUACUGCAGUUUAUUUCCUGAUUCUAGUUGACUUGACUUUCUCUGAUAGGGAAAGAAAAAUUUUGCAAACAAAAGCCCACUUUUCAUGUAAGUAGGAAUCAGCUGUUACUUUUUUUUUUUUUCUCAGUGAAUUAUCUUUCGGCAGUGGAGAAUGACUCCAAAGUGUUCUUGUUAGCAUAUGCUGAGCGGGAAUUAAAUAAAGCAUCAGAUACUGAUCUGAGCUAUAAGCUGGCACAAUCGGAGCCAGAGUACAUUGCUUAAAUUGCAAAGCUUUGCUAAAGAGUUGUGUGCACAAAAGAUGAUUAAUUCUGGGGCAACAGUUACAAAAUAUGCUGACUUAUACCCAAGACUGAUAGCUUUACUUAUAGAAAGCAAAUUCUGCUUUUUCAAAGAUUGUCAUCAUACAUAUAUAUGUACACACAUACACACACAUACACACACACACACACACACACACAACAAACACGGUUGAGGGUUUUGAAUUAUCCCCAUAUCAAGGUGUUUUGAGAAGUAUGAGCAGCUGAUGACCCUUUGUUUGUCCCUGUGCUUGUAUGCAUGAGUUUCCAAGCAAGCCACGGAGCAGUCUCAUUUAAUUCUGGAAGAUGCUGGGUUUUACAUGUAAGCCCUUCACUAUACCCACAUUUACUGAUAGUGUCUGCCGUUCUUUGCAAAUCCCAGGGAAAUACUAUGAUGACCUGAUAUUUUUCUAGAAAAAUAUUUUGAGACAAUGGAGAGCACAUCACCUCUCACAAUUCAUUCAGUAAAAAUACCACCCACUGUUUGAUAUUAAAGUUGCUUUUUUUAAAACCUUGAA